GCAGGCGUACUGAGACUUACGUGGCGACCUUUCAACUCUCGUAUUAUUCGUUCGCGUUUGGAGACGUGGUAGUGUUUUCGUCCAGUCCACGCAGUUUUCAAGUGUGCACUCUGGGCUCCUGUAGCCAGAGGUUGGAUACUUAAUAUGUGCAAUGGCCUACAAGCAUCGCGAGGAGAUUGUGGGCAAACGAUUUCUGUGUGUUAACAGUGCGGGCAAAGGCAAACUUUCCAAGGCAUCAGAUUUGGAUUGGAGGGCUGGAAUAAUCCGUGCAGCGUCACAUAAGGAUCCUAAACACCCCGAGCUUUCCGUUCUGGUAGAGUUUGACAACGCCGACUGGAAGCGACGCGAGUGGAUUCGUGUGUACGAGGACCCCUUCGCGGCGUUUCUCGUGGAGGAGACUCUGACGUGGCAUGUGCGCAACUCCGAUGAACCGCCCAGCCCCGCACUGAAUUUCAUCAGCUUCAUUGAUCGAGUUGGAGUGUGGGAUCAACUGCUGAAGCCCGUUGAGUACCUGACCGAUCGCUUCGUGAGGUUCGUGGACUACUCUGAGCUGCGAUUUUAUCAGGAGCGCGACGUGGACGUCGAGAAGUGCUGUGUGGAACAGUGCGAGAUCCGGCGGCUGGUAAAACACUGGGUGGAGUUUCAGGACAGCCAGCGCAUCCUCGUCACUACUCCCUCGGUGCUGGUCGGCUACCGUGUCAAGGUUUACCGUGCCGAGGGCACUACGCAGUGGUACACAGCCGUCAUUGUCUCCUACAACGACAACACACGGGAGCUCACCGUUACUGACGACACCGUGCUUGAGGAGCACAAUGAGGACCCGUGCCUGGUGCAGAUGCGGCUCAUCGGCGACGGCGUAGUCGAGUCCAUUCUGAAGGGAGAGAACGUCGGGAUUACGCCUCGCCGCAGAACGUGCACGCUCAACAGCCCGCUCAAAGUCGGCCAUUGUGCGACUCGGAGUCGAUACGUCAGCCCGGCGUCCAGUCAGAGCUCUUGCCCAGCUACCACCUCGUCAGCAAGCAGCCCGCGACGUGGGCGCAACAAACCCGAUCUCGCAUCGGAACCAGCGCCGCAGGAAGACGCCAAAGUCGACAGACGGCGCAAAGUUGGCACAAAAAAGGGCACUCGUGAGGAAGAGGUCCGCAAGAAGAGUCCCAGCCCAGCACCAAGUCCCGUGACAGCAGCUUGCCACAGCAUCACAGUAGGCGUAGACGGUGAGCCGCCACCUUCCAUCAAAGAGGAAAGCCCUCCACCCAACCCCCUGCCUUCGGGGAGCACAGUUCCCACCACAUCCGCCAGCAGCAGUGAGCCACCAGCUGGGACCAGCGAGAGUCGUGGCGUGGAUAAUACUCAACCACAGCAGUGCACCGCUGAUGAUGUGCCGUGUGUGAGGGCACCUGAGGCAGCUCCUGCCGAGCGCCCUCAUGAAGAGGGUGUUCCUGGCACGAGCUCGCCGCCGGCCACGAUGCGCAGCAGUGCAGGACCCAUAAAAAGCGAGCCCAGCGCGCGACCCUCUGACGGUCGUGCCUACCGUGACUCGCCUGGCCUCGCCGCGCAUCUGGAGUCGCUGCAACAGCAGCAGCACGCCCGGCUCAUGCAGCAGCAGCAGCAACAGCAGCCGCCACCACCACAGCAGCAGCAGCCUCCACCGGCGGGCCUGUACCCACCGCGUCCUGCAGUGCAGCAGCCUGCCGGUGCACGACCACUUGUCUAUGGACUGCAGUCUGCCUCAGGCGUGCUGGGGCAUGUAGACCCACUGAGCAGCCCGCUGGCCUACCAGCAGUUAUUGAUGGCCAAUGCUCAGGGUCCAUAUGUGGACAUGCUGUGGGGCCAGAAGAUGCCUGGUCUGCCGCCACCCACCCAAACCGCCUGGACCAUGGCACAGCUGCAGGAGGCACGUGCGACACAAGAGAGGCAGAACAUGCUUGAAAGGGAGCGCAGAGAAGAGGAGGAGAAACGGGAGCGGGAGAAGUCUGAAAUGCUCGAGCGAGAGAAAGCAGAAAAAGAGCGGCAGGAGCGUCAUAAAAAAGAGGAGCAGGAGCGUGUUCAGCGCGAAGCUGUGCAGCAACAUUUUGAGGAGUCUCUACGUUUGGCUAGUCAAAAGACAUAUGGCAGAAUGAUGUCUGUGGCUCAAAAUCCACAUCAAAAUCAUCUAGAUACUCCCAAGACAGGUUGCAUCAGGGCAGGCUGGAGCCCUAUCGCCAGUUUACCCUACUCAAAGGCUGCUGUGAGCACAUCUAGCAGCUCUGUAAUUACACAGCCCGACAAGCAACGUGACAAGCAAGAGAUGGAGCAUCAUGAAAAGUAUUCCCUGGAGGCCCGCAUGCGACAUGCGACUGAUCAGGAACGAUGGAUGAACAUCGUCCAACAACAGCAGCAGAGGUUGGAAAUCCCAAGCCAGGCUUCUACACAUCAUCGGAUCUCUCAUAAUGAACUGAAGCCAAAGCUGGAGAUCCCUACUCGAUCAUCGCCAAAGACAAAUCAAAUGCUUCCUGGAUCUAGCCUGUCGCAGAAGGUGGGCAGUUCUGUUCCAUCAACUUCAUCAGUCACAGUGGCCACCUCGAAAGGGGAGCCUAGCUUCAACCUCUACGGUUACCAGCCAUUUUCGCAGAUGUACAUAACUCCAGCUCAGCUCAAAGCCCGAGAGGAAUCCAAGUCGCACCAUAGUCAACCCAUUGUGAAUCGACAGCCCCUCGUUUCUUCACCUUCUCACUUGCCACGAAUAGAAAAAGACCUGCGCUUUGACCGUUCAACAGCUCCUGGUGGCCAGAGAGGAAGUCCAAAGCCUCCAGUUAAAGAUCGUGUUAGCCCAGCAAUGUCAACACCAGGAACUUUUCGGCCAUAUGAGUACAACUCUGCAGGCCCAGCACCAGCCCAUCAAGGCUCCCUCUCAAGGUGCCCCACAAAUUUUCCUCAGGAGGAAGCUCAGAACCUUGUCAAGUGUUCACGGUCUCGUCAAGAUUCUCCACUUAGCACACCAUCCCCUGGGCCAGGCAGCUACAGCAGCACCAGUAGCAACAGCAGCCAAUCGGCCAAGGCAUCGCAGCCCUAUUCAUACAACUUGAUCCAGCAAGGCCUUGUACCAAACCCUAUCUACACACCAGCUACUCCAACUACACAAGGUUCCAAGCUGCACCCGCCUGGUGUCUUGCAGUCUUCCCCCACUGGCCAAUCUUCUCCACAAAGUUCGGCACAGUACCUGCGUUCAGUACCGGGAAUAACCACAGGCACUCCAGUCUGCCGGCCCGGUCAGCAUCAGGAGCCCAAGUUGUCUUAUGGCUCCAUGCAUGGACGUCCUGUUCCUCAGUCACGAUCACCAUCCAUGCAUCUGCCGCCAGCUAGUUCCACCCCUCCUAGAUUGACACCGCCAUUGCCACAGCCCUUGAACCUUCAGCAAGGUGCCCUGUCCCCAGGCAAACGCAAAGCUGCACGUGAACCUGAGCCAGCCAAGUUGCCACGGCUUGAGGAGAGUCCAUCACCUGUUCAUUGUUCAGUGCCUGCACCAGUGGCUACCCCACCAACAGGUGCCAUGGCUCCAGAGACGGCUUCUCCAUUGGUCUCAUUGGCUGCUACAACAUCUGUGCAGCUAACAGCAGCAACACCUAUUUCUUCCCCCCAGCAAGAUACUUUUCGGCCUUUUUCAGCUGUGACACCACAACAGCAGCAAGUGCCACCUGCUCAACAGCCACAGCAGCAGCCACAGCACCAGCAUCCACAGCCACAGCAUCCACAACACCAGCCACAGCAGACACAGCAGCAACCACCUCUGUCCUCAUCUUCGUCUCAGCAGCCACCGUCUCAGCCUUCCUUGCAACAGCAAUCCACAACCAGUCAAGACAGCUAUCAGGCAUUCUAUAAGAAGGGUAGAACAAAGGCGAGGCCUCCCAAUGCCCCUUCUCCAGCCUCUGGAGAGGAUAGCAAGCCUGGAAGUGUAGGUGGUGGGUCAUCCAUUGUGCACGAGUCUGAUUCUGACACACGAGUUACUCCAAGUCCUGCGCCAAGUACUUGUACGACAAUCAGCAACAGCAGUAGCAACCACACAAAGCUGAAAAAGGCUUGGUUGCAACGGCAUUCUGAAAUCGAAGAUAAGAAACCUCAUGAUGGAGAGGCACGUUUGGAUGGCAGCAGUGCUUGUGCCUCACCUGCCAAGCAGGAACCAGUAUCGAUCAAGACUACCAUUAAUGGUCAUGACACUGAAGCAGGUGGCUCCAUGAGGGACGACUGCAGUUCCAGCUCUGCAUCGGAGGCUGAAAAACCAGCAGUGAGUCGCAAGACAAGGACUACCAGAAAGCGAGGGGUUAACAGGGACAAGUGUGGUAGCAAGAGGCAGCGGGGGAACAGUGAGAGUAACAGUGAUGCUGCUCCUGAAGAAAUAUGUCCAAAAAAGGAAGAAAAGCAAGAAAUGAUUUCUCGAAGACGAGGCAGAAGACCCAAGGGCAUGAAGCAUGAUACAGCUGAUGAAUUGGCUACAGUGCCUCGGAAAAAGCAAGCACGAUCAGCAGAAAAGCCAACCAUCGCCCAACUGAAGAAGUCGGGCAAGCCAUUUCUCCAGGAUGCGUCUUGUUAUGAUGUUGCUCCAAAACUCCCAAAGUGUAGAGAGUGUAGGAUGACACCAAACCAGAGGAACAAGAAAAUGCCAAACAUUUUCUGUCGCUUCUACGCAUUCAGAAAGCUACGCUUUGGCAAGAAUGGCACUGUGCUGAGUGGUGGCUUCUCGGAGCCGACUGAUGCUUCAGAAGAAGAUUUAAAGCUGUGGCUGCCUCCAUUGGAUCAUACACCCAAAGACUUGGAUGUGACCACUGCAAAAAUCAUACUGUCCCACGUGGGCGACCAGUUUUGUGAUCUCGUGGAGCAAGAGCGGGAAGCCCAGUCUCUACACAUGGGCGAAGAUAAGACCAUAUCGUGGAAGCGCGUUGUGCAAGGUGUGCGUGAAAUGUGUGAUGUUUGUGAGACAACUCUCUUCAACAUUCACUGGGUGUGUCACAAGUGCGGCUUUGUGGUGUGUAUAGACUGUUACAAGGCAAAGAAGAAUGGUACAGUGAAAGCUGAGGACACGCCCCCGAAGGACAGGGAUGAGUUCCAGUGGCUCCUGUGUGCCAACCGACAGCCACACGAACAGGAUAAAUUAAUGAUGACACAGAUAAUAGCUAGCACAGCUCUUUGGGACGUCAGCCAGGACCUGCACCGGACACGCCAUGAGUGGAACAUUCCGAGCUACUGCGGCUGUGGCUUGUGCAACAGUGAUGGUGACUGCAAGAAAAACUCCUCUAAUGGGCUGUGCAAGCAACUCAUGAGUGCAGUCAACAAGUGCUUCUCCUCUGACAAGGAGGGCACUGCAGUCAACGGUGAAACAGGGCGUGCUGGAAAGCGCAAAAAGCAACCUGUGAAUGGCGUCGCCAACACGUCCUCUGAUGAAGUAGGUGGCAGCUAUAGCUCGGACAGCGGAGGCUCUCCCCUGUCGGUCUUGGCAGAUGUAGCACUGCACUCCUCUAGCAAAAUCGAUGACAAGAGUGAUCAGCCGCAGGCGAGUGAAGGUGGUGAUGAUGAGAAAGGUGAUGACUUUUCCACACUGCGUGAACUGCUCAUUCGCCCUACUGGUGGCAGUGCAAAGAAGAGCCAGGUGGAUGAAGCAGUGGCAACAACAGUGGAGCAAACGGUGGGCAAGAAAGAUGAACAGCAGCUGGUGCAUUUCUGCCGACGCUUCCCCAGCCCACAAAAGGGCCGUGAAGUCUUGCCUGUGCGUGUCUGCAGCCUAGCGGAGACCUCACUGCUCUACCCCAAGGUUCCCCAUUCAUGGCUCUGCGACGGCAAGUUGCUUGUUCUCCACGAGCCACGGAACAAGCACAACUUGACAGUGUUCCAGGAGCAGUGGAAGCGAGGCCAGCCGGUACUGGUCACUGAUGUUUGCAAGAACUUGAAUAUGUCACUGUGGCAUCCUGAUGGUUUCUGCCGAGAUUUUGGUGAAGUACGAAAUGACCUGGUGAAUUGCCGGAAUGGCAGCAUCCUUCCAAACCAGCCAAUGCGGAAGUUUUGGGAAGGCUUUGAGAACUUUAGCAAGCGCAUGAAAGAUGAAGAUGGAGAAUAUAUGCUGCUGAAGCUGAAGGACUGGCCACCUGGUGAUGACUUCAGUGACAUGCUGCCCAGCAGGUUCAACGAUCUCAUGAAGGUGUUGCCACUACCAGAGUACACUCACCGGGAUGGAGUUUUCAACUUGGCUGGGCGGCUGCCGGAGUGUUUUGUCAGGCCAGACCUUGGGCCAAAGAUGUACAAUGCCUAUGGCUCUGCGCUUUACCCGAAUAAAGGCACCACUAACCUACAUCUGGAUGUCAGCGAUGCUGUGAAUGUUAUGGUUUAUGUUGGAAUUCCCAAGGAUGGGAAGGAUGAAGAACACAUCAAUGCCGCACUGAAAGCAAUUGACGAAGGAGCUUGUGAUGCCCUGACACGAAAGAGGGUCAGAGAAAAGAAUGCCAAACCUGGUGCUCUUUGGCACAUCUACAAUGCCCGUGAUGCUGACAAGAUCAGAGAUCUGCUUAAUAAGGUGGCACUGGAGCGUGGCGAGAAGCUAGAGCCCCACCAUGAUCCCAUCCAUGACCAGAGCUGGUAUCUGGAUCACGAGCUGCGUGAGCGCCUUUUCCGUGAAUAUGCCGUUGAGGGCUACGCUGUUGCCCAGUGUCUUGGAGAAGCAGUCUUCAUACCAGCAGGUGCCCCACACCAGGUGCGAAACCUGCACAGCUGUAUAAAAGUGGCUGAAGACUUCGUGUCCCCAGAAAACAUUGCUCACUGCUUCAGCUUGACCAAUGAAUUCCGUCAGUUGUCUGACACCCACACAAACCACGAGGACAAGCUUCAGAUUAAAAAUGUGAUCUACCAUGCUGUGAAGGAUGCUCUGGUGAUUCUUCGGGCAAAUUCUGCUUCAAACCCCAACAAGAAAUGAAAUGUGUGUGCCAUAGGCAGAGGAACUCCAAAAAUGUGUUAGAACCCCUCCCAACCUCCAAGUGAUUUCGGCCUGCGCUGCUCUUGGAUGCGUCUGGCAGGUCUCGACUUGCCCACCGAAAGUGUUUGCGCCAUCUCUUGUCUGGACACUGUUUUUGUACAUUUUUUUUCCUCUUCCCAUCAGUCUGCCAGUGGCAUAUGUGUGUUCUCCUGUAAUAUAAACCAUUGAAUUUCAGUUGUUGCUAGUACGCUUCCCUUAUUGUUACUUGGUCAGGGGCCAGUCGUACUUGGUGUUUUGUAAAGGAAUUGGAUCAAACUUGCGCGCGAGUGUGUGCGUGUCUGUGUGCGUGUGCGCGCGCGAGUGUUGUGUGCACCAACAGCUGUUAUUUAUGUUGUAGACUUUCCUCUGCGCCCCUCCUUGACAGUGGUCCUGCCGGCUAUGUUCAGCAUUUUUUCAGAGCAGCACGCUUUGAGAGACAAUAAACAAUGCAGUCUUUUUCUGCACUGUUGCCAUGUAAAAUAAUAGUGUUGUACUUAUAUAUACAUAAGAAGGUAUAUAUAUUAUAUAUAUAUAUAUAAAUAUAUAUACAUAUAUUUACUUAUAAAUAUGACAUUGUAGUUGUGAGUAGUGAGCUUCAAUUCUGUCGUUCCUUUUUCUCCUUGCGUUUCUUGUGUUUCUUUGUUUUCAUUGUUUUUCCACAAUCACCAUCUCAUCGGUAUAGUCAAUUCCAUUGAUUGACAUUAUCUUACGACUCACAGUAGCACUGAGUUUGUACAUGUACAUAUUUCAUAGCAAUAUUUUUAUAUUGAAAAUGUCAUUGACUGUAAUGUCAGUCUAUAAUGAAAUUCACUGUUUUUAUUUGAAAGUGUAUGGCUGAUGUUAAUGGUUCUUAUUAAAGUGUUCAUUUGAAAGCCUA